UAAUAUUAAUUUGUUAAGUAUUAAAAUUAAAGUAAUUUAAUAAGUGUACAUAGCUUCCAUAUACUCAAUGUAUAAGGGUGCUAGGUUCAACAUCACUUAAAUGUAACUAUCAAUUUACAAACUAUUUACAUAACAUUGUUUAAAAUGUUUGAAAUAUUAUCAACACAUACUGUAUACUGUUCAAAGUUUACAAUAUAAAUACACUACAGUUAUAUUUAUAAAGUUAUUUCAAAUACCUUUUAUAAUAGUAUAUUAUAAUUGUGCAAAUUAAUACAUGCUACUAGCAUCAAUCAACAAACUCGUCAGGCAUACAAUGGCUUUUAAUGAUGAGAGGGCUCGCUAUCUAUCGAUGUCAUUGACUGAGAAGCGACGGGAAUACCAGUGCGGCGACAGCUACAUGACAUUGGCGUCAAUACAAACACUGAGACAAUCAACGAAUGGAGUAAAGGAUUCAUUGGACGACUCGAUGGACUCAUUGUGUGAUAAGAUAUCGGUGUUUGUCGGCGACAUAACUACCCUCGAAGUCGAUGCUAUUGUCAACGCCGCUAAUAAACACCUGAUGCCGGGCGGUGGAGUCCAUAGACAGCACACAUACGGCAUGCCAUCAGUGAUCGAGCCGUUUGAACAUAGAAUCUCCGGUAUAAUAGCCAUCAGAAUCGGGAUUAUAAUGACAGCUAUACUACCGGCGCUAACACUACUACCACUACUACUACCGGUGCUGUCGACGACCUAUGACAUACAGGACCUACCGCUCAGUCCACGGCAGGUGCAGACAAAAUACGGUACCCUUCGCGGCGUAAUCAUACCGUUACGCUCGCCUACCAGUGCCACGUCGACACUACUGGCCUCCCUGUCCCCAGUGGAGGCGUUUUUCGGUGUGCCCUACGCCGCGCCGCCUAUAAAAACGCUGAGAUUUAUGCCGCCCGUGACUCUGUCAAAGUGGAGGGGCGUACGACUGGCCACCCGGUACUCCCCC